AUGUAUAGCGGAUCUAGCGAUGGCGAGAGCCACGACACAUCGACGCAGAGGAAGAUCCCGCCGGCGUCCUCGAUGCUUUGGGUCAGAAAUCUUCGACGGUACAUUGGUUCCGGCGCCGGGUUAGGAUCCGAAGCUUUAAUGGAGCUCGAGACUAAGAGAAUCUUGCUCGAGAUAUUCAAAGACAAGCAACAGAAAAGCCAAGAAGCAGGCACGAUACCGAGUUUCUACAAGAAGGCAUAUUUUGCUCCUUUAUUCUUUGUUCAGAAACCAGAAGUAGGAUCUAUUAGUCAAAGGGUCCAGAAGCUUGCAAAAUACCGCUUCUUGAAGAAACAAUCGGAUCUUUUGUUGAAUGCUGAUGAUUUGGCUGCUAUGUGGGUUUGUUUGAGAGAAAAUUGUGUGAUUGAUGAUGCCACUGGUGCAGAAAAGAUGAACUAUGAAGACUUCUGUCACAUUGCCUCUAUUUGUACUGAACAAAUCGGUCCCAAAUGUCGCCGGUUCUUCAGCCCAUCCAAUUUCAUGAAGUUUGAGAAGGAUGAGGCUGGGAGGAUUGCUAUAUUACCGUUCUAUCUCUAUGUGAUGCGAACGGUGUCGCUUACACAAGCUAGAAUUGAUAUGAGUGAGCUUGAUGAAGAUUCUGAUGGAUUCCUUCAAGCUUCGGAAAUGGAGUCCUAUAUUAGUGGUCUAAUCCCUAACCUGGCACAACUGAGGGACAUGCCGGAGGCCUUUACUACUAUGUAUUGCCGCAUAGCUUCACAAAAGUUUUUCUUCUUCUGUGAUCCCCAUAGGCGAGGAAAAGCUUGUAUUAAAAAGAUACUUCUCAGUAACUGUCUGCAGGAACUAAUGGAAUUGCAUCAGGAAAGUGAGGAGGAAAUCACAGACACAGAACAGGCUGAAAAUUGGUUUUCUUUGACAUCAGCUCAACGUAUAUGUGAUAUGUUUCUUGCACUUGAUAAAGAUAUGAGUGGAUCGCUAAGCAAACAAGAACUUAAAGAAUACGCGGAUGGGACCCUAACUGAGAUUUUCAUCGAAAGAGUGUUUGAUGAGCAUGUCCGCCGUUGCAAAAACACCGCAGGCAAUUCCAGAGAAAAUUCCAGAGAAAUGGACUUUGACAACUUCCUAGACUUCGUUCUUGCUUUGGAGAACAAAGACACUCCAGAGGGCUUGACUUACUUAUUCCGCUGCCUGGAUCUCCAAGGGAGAGGCUUUCUCACCACUGCCGAUAUUCACUCUCUUUUCAGAGAUGUUCACCAGAAAUGGAUAGAAGGUGGAAACUAUGAGUUGUGCAUAGAGGAUGUCAGGGACGAGAUCUGGGACAUGGUGAAACCGUCUGACCCGUUAAAAAUCACUCUGAAUGAUCUCUUGGGAUGUAAACAAGGUGGAACCGUCGCGAGCAUGCUUAUAGAUGUGCGUGGCUUCUGGGCUCAUGACAACCGUGAGAACCUUCUUCAAGAAGAAGAAGAGCCACCUGAGGAAGAGGCGCAGUGA